AUAAUCUAAAGCAUUAACGGAGCCAAGAGCAACUUGUGAUUAUUUUUUUUUUAUUAUUUUGUGGCGAUAUCAAAACGACAAUAUGAGUGCGUUGAGUGGCAUUACACCUGCUUUGCCUCCAUCCAGUCGUCGCCCUCUUGGCGCCUAAUUCCAGGGGAAUGUGUUUUGACUUCGGAGGCGAGUUCAGUCGCAUUGCUCACAUUUUUUCGUUUUUUUUUUUUUUUUUUGUGGUCACGUUGAGGUCCUUCUGAAUGAAGGCAGAAAGGGAUCGAGGGUGACAGUCUUCAAGGUCAAAGAAUUCUGAGAUAGUGGAGGACUCUGUUGUGAAACCACAACGUUCCCUGGAAUAUGCUUUGUCUCCAUGGUAACAGGCCUCAUGGAUCCCCAGAAAAACAUCGGGCCAAGUUGAUCCUCCUUUUUUUUGCUCAACUUACCUGAUCCUGGUCACCAGGGAUGAAGAUUUAUUUAGAAACAACUAAAGACCCCUGAGGACAUAAAGGCAUUCUCCACAAGGACCAGGAUGCACCACCUCUUCAGUCAGGUGCUAGGCCAGAGGGAUUUGUCCAGAGCGGGUGAUCUGUUUUCUCUGGAGGAUGCUGCCAUUGAAGACUGCUUGUCACAGGCUCUGGAUCAGAUCAAGUCCAUCUCCUGCUCACCGGAUUAUUUGACCAAUGACAACGACCAGGCUGUCGUAGAGAUUUGUAUCACACGGAUCACCACCGCCAUCAGGGAGACGAGCUCCAUCGAGAAGCACAGCACGGCCCUGGUCGGGCUGUGGGAGUCGUGUCUGGAGCACAACCUCACGCCUCAAGGUGACAGCGCCGAGGACACGCCGCACACCAAGAUAGCCUCCGACAUUACCAGCUGCAUCUUGCAGAAUUACACGUGUCCAUCAGUCAUGGUGUUGGCUGUCCCGGUUGCGGUGCGCUUCCUGCACCGAGGGAACAGAGAGUUGAGCAGGAACAUGUCCAGUUAUCUCUCACUGGCUGCUAUUGUCGGGGUCGAUCUGCUGGCUGAACACACGGAGGCCAUAACGCUCAGCGUGCUUGCAGGCAACUACAUGCUCCUCCGUGUGCUCCCUUCAGUCUACCCGAGACAACCUGAUGUCAUCCACCGUCACCUCGGCAAGCUCACGGCUGUGAUGUCACAGCUGGAGUCCACGGAACAGCAACACCUGAUCAGACUGCUUCAACUGGUGGCUGAGCAACAUCCGCUGAUAUUCAGCCCCCAGGUGCCUGCCCUCGUCAGUUACCUGGGCAACCAGUCUCUAAUUGAGGCCAUAUUGGGCACUCUGGUGAAUGUGUCUCAAGCCAGCCCCUCCUCGCUGGUCAGCUUUCUGCCAAAGCUCAGGACUGUGGGACAACAAUGGCCUGCUCUCUUGGGUCAUGUGGCCAAAAUCCAUGGUGCUGUGGGCAUCAUCAGUGAGGCGCAUGCACACAGUUCUUUGGUGUACCUGGUGUCUCUUCUGGGCAACAUGGAGCACACGUUCCACCACACACUGCUACUGGAGAUCCGGGCUCUGACGGACCGUUACCCGUCUGUGCUCGGAGGCUACGGGAAAGACCUGUACAGGCUGAGUAACUCGUUCACGGCCAUCGCCGGACUGCUGGGGAGGCGGCUGGAGGAGAGUGCCACCGCAAGUCGUAGCGAGAAUGGCCGUUGCUUGCCAUCUCCCAGCGCAUCGCUUCGAGGAGAGGAAGGGGGUGUCGGAGGAGGGGGGUCCGAGGCGAAGGCAGGGGGUGAGGAGCCAGCGCAGGAGGACUCUCCCCCCCCCCAGCGACGAUACAGCCUGAAUCAAGCCAGGAGGGAGGAGCAACGAGACAUGAGAUUCAACAGGUCAAAGAGCCUGGCUCUUCACGCCGUACGCUUGCGGUCCAUCAACUCAGACGACGUAGAAGGAGCGGACCUGAGUCCAGACAACAUCACCUGCACUUUAACCUGCCAGCAUUCAGAAGACCGGGAAGUGACGCCUCCCGGCAAGAAACUGGCAGACAAUGCGCCCACAUCCACCGCCGCCCCUGCGCCAGACAGCGGGGUCAAAGAGGCAGCUGACAGACUCUUCAUCCACUUAAGAGACAAUCUGGAGAAGAUCCAAGAAUUUUGUAAGGACAUGGUCCAACAGAUCCCCAUACCGAAGCAAUGUGUCAUAGAAGAAUCAAACAGAGGCUGCGUGGCCAAGCUGUCGUUCUCGUGUCCACUGAAGGGUCACUACUGCCUGUAUGCCAAGUCCAGCUUUAACCUGAGCAGCCGCCGGCCUCAUCUUUGGAUACACAUCAUGCUGCUCCACCUCCAGAGUAAGUCCAACGCUCCGCUGUGUUCCGGAGACGAAUGCGUUCAGCGAUUGGCUUCUCUUUGGGCCAAGACGCAACUCAAAGGAGCUCACAGCUUCCACAUGGCAAUGACGCAACACGCCACCCCCCACAGGAAGGAUCUGGACAGUCUCCAAACGCAGCUGGACGAGGUUCGGUUCUUUGACCUGUUUGGCUACAGUGAAGAAGAGGGUGGGUGGUUAUGCUUCAUGUGCAACAACCCUGAGAAAGCCACAGGUGUGAAUCAGGAGGGUCAGCCUCUCAUCGAAGGAAAAUUGAAGGAGAAGCAAGUCCGCUGGAGGUUUAUCAAGCGCUGGAAGACUCGCUACUUCACCUUGGCGGGAAACCAGCUGCUCUUCCGGAGAGGCAAAUCGAAGGACGAGCUGGAAGAGAUUCCUAUUGAGAUGAACAAAGUGCAAAGCGUCAAGGUGGUGGCCAAGAAGCGUCGGGAUCGAGGCCUCCCGCGAGCCUUCGAGAUCUUCACGGACAAUAAGUCGUACGUGCUGAAAGCGCAGGACGAGAAGCACGCCGAGGAGUGGCUGCAGUGCCUCAACGUGGCCGUGGCUCAGGCCAGAGAGCGCGAGAACAGAGAGGCGACCACCUACCUGUGACGUGAAUGCACCACAUCCCCCCCCCCCACACACACACACCCCAAAAAAAAAGCCUGUCAACGUGUUCAAUUGGUUCAUGAACACUCAUCAACAUUUUUUGUUAUUACCGUAAUUCCCGGGCGACAACCCGCGACUUUUUUCACAGCCGCCGUGCUAGUUUGCGUUAGCGCCGCCGCGUUAGUGUUAGCGCUGCUGUGUUAGCGUCACUGAUUUUGUGAAAAAAAAAAAAAAGACUGGAUAGCGCAUACACAUCGAUUAUAUGUCGAUAUAUAUGUAUAUAUAUAUAUAUAACCCUAACCCUAUUACCUAGGGCUCGAUUUCCGUGACAUGUUAACUUUUCCCAAAAUACGCUGUGAAGCACUAUCAUCAUAACAUAGGAAAAAAAAACUAAGCAUUUUAAUUCAAUCAGUUCGAUAUAUUUUUGGAAAUAAGGACUCGCAAUGGGCAAAUAUAUGCUAAACGCAUUGUUCAUUUGACGCCUCUGCGACGUCCUAUUUCAGACAGAAAAUUGAAACUUGUUUCCCCGCAUUUGAAAAUCAAAUUCAAUUUGCAGAGUUCUGUAUUAUGAAAUUCAUCGAAAAUUUCUGAGAAAAUGUGUUUUCUUGCUUAUCCACUGAUGAAGUUUGGGAACAUAUUGACAUCGCUUUUUUGCAAAAAAAAAACGUCGUAAAGCAGAGAGUGAACAGUGAACAACAACCGUAAACAAAACAUGGAUCAAGUGAAUUAAGCUCAUCAGAAAAUUAAAAAAAAAAGAUUUAAAAACAAACUUUGACGGUGUCAAAGUAAAGUUUUCUAACUCACCUGUGGAAUGUUUUGUCACAGCCACGAAACUGGCGAUUAACGCUUUGCUUCACAGGUUGGCAUGUUUGUUUUGAGACUAUCAAUAUGGCGGAUGGCGCCAGUUUUGGUGCCCGAUGGGCCAUCCAGUCUUUUUUUGUGAGAGCCCAGCCCCCCACCCCAAGAAUAUGUUCAUUUGGUUCAAGAACACUCAAUUUUGUUUGUCAUGACCGUAAUUCCCAACCUACGAGCCUGGGCUUUUUUCACAGGCGCCGCGCUAGUUAACAUUAGUGCCGCCGCGUUAGCGUUAGCACCACUGCACUAGCGUUAGCACCGCCGCGCUAGCAUUAAACUCUUUCUGUGUACCGAGGCUUAUCUCCAGAUGCCCUCUGUAGGCCGGGAAUCACGGUAUGAUUAUUAGUGGAUGCAAGCUAAUCAGCACAAUUCUAUAGGUCAGAGGUCACUAACAUGGUGCCCGUGGGCCAUAACGCAUCCACUGAUCGGGAUGAUGUGGAAGUGAUCAUUUAAAAAUGUAAACAAUUAUAGGUAGCUGACCCCAGCACGAGUUGCAAAUCCGAGUCAACAGUUGCCACAUUCACUCACCUGGCUAUUUUUUUUUUCUCUUUUUUUUGCCUUGAGGUAUGGGACCACUCACUGGGAAUUGAACCCACGCCAAAACAAAAAUAUGACUCUACUCAUUCAUUAAAUGCACAAGGCUGAUUUCUCAUCUGGGAAAUGAGACUGAGAGUGUGUUCGUAAAGCCACACAAAUGAAGGAAAGUAGCUACAAUUUGUAAAACAUGCAAAAAAUGAAUACAUAUAAGUACUUCAUGGACUCUAAACUGAAUUCAAUGCACCGGGUCAGUUUUCCUCCUCAAGUGCACUUCAGAUGCUCUACAAUGACGUGCGGCAAACUAUUAUGAAUCAAACAUGUAAGAAUGACAAAGCAUUUUCAAAUAACAAACCCUUGUCCAGGCAGGUCCAGGUGAGUCAGAUGGUAAACUCACAGUUCUGAGGUUCCGGGUUUGAUCCCAGACCCGUCUGUGUGCAGUUUGCAUGUUCUCCCUAUGCCUGCGUGGAUUUUCUCCGGGCACUCCGGUUUCAUCUCACAUCCCAAAAACAUGCAACAUUAGUUGGACACUCUAAAU